AUGGAAGACAUGGAUAACAUAACAGUUUUAGAUUUUAUGGAAAUAACAUGUGAUGACAAUCUGUACGAUCAUGGUCCAAAUGUAAAAGGAACCAGUUGUCUUACUGAGUGGAAUUUUCCAUCUACACCACACCAGAAGUGGAUAUCUCUGAUCCUUCUUGCAAAUACUGGUGAUUUUUUGGUUUCGGCAUACUCAGUUCAACAAAUGAGCCGAUUUAUGGAUACAUACUCACUCAAGUCAGUCUCAGAUUUGCCUGCACCUUUCCGUUCAACUUUUAGUUUCAGGUAUUUUAACUCGUUGCAGAGUGAAUGCUUUUCGGCUUGUUUCCUCUCCGAUGUGAACAUGGUUAUUUCAGCACCAACUGGAAGUGGAAAAACAGUGCUUUUUGAACUAUGCAUUUUGAGGCUUCUCUCAAAGUUCAUCUCCCCAGAGGAAAGAUUCAUCCAUCUGAAGGGGACCCUGAAAACAAUCUACAUAGCACCAUCUAAGGCUUUGGUUCAGGAGAAGCUCCGUGAUUGGACCCAGAAGCUGGGGUCAUGGGGAAUAAAUUGCCUGGAGCUGACAGGUGACAACGAGUUUUAUAGCAUAAGAAAUAUACAAGAAGCAGACAUUAUUCUAACCACUCCUGAGAAGUUUGAUGCAGUGACUCGAUAUCGCAUAAAAGAUGGUGGCUUGAGCUUUUUUAGUGAUGUAGCCCUUGUACUUAUCGAUGAGGUUCAUUUGUUGAAUGAUCCUCGAGGAGCAGCUUUGGAGGCAAUAGUUAGUAGGACAAAAAUGCUUGCUUACAGCCCUGAAAUGAAAUCAAGCCCUCUGGCCCAUGUCCGUUUCCUUGCUGUUUCUGCCACUAUCCCAAAUAUUGAUGAUCUUGCUGAAUGGCUUGUGGUUCCUAUCGAAGGAAUUAAAAGGUUUGGAGAAGAAAUGAGACCUGUAAAGUUGACUACCAAAGUUUUUGGCUACACACCUGCAAAAAAUGACUUCCUAUUUGAGAAGGUAAGUGCGUGCAGUUCAUUCUCAUGUUUGGUGACCCUGAAUGAAGUUCUGGAAAAUACAAUCUUUUACUUCUUCUGUCAGUUGAAUCUGUUUCAUUUUCCUGACGAUUCACUUCAUACCAUCGCUCAGCGCCUCCAGAACUAUGUUUUUGAUAUACUCAUGCAAUUCUCCAGAGGGAAAUCUGCUCUAGUGUUUUGCUCAACCAGAAAAGGUGCACAAGAAGCAGCGCAGCGACUCUCUCAGAUUGCAAUGACAUAUGGUCAUUCAAAUCCGUUCUUCAAAAACAGAGAACAGCAGGAAAGAUUAAGGGAAGCUUCACUGUCAUGUAGUGACAAACAAAUGCAAUCAUAUAUCAUUUAUGGUGUUGGAUAUCAUAAUGGUGGACUUUCUCUAAAGGAUCGCAACCUCAUUGAAGGUCUUUUUCUUAAUGGUGAUAUUCAGAUUCUGUGCGCUACAAAUACUCUUGCCCAUGGUGUUAACCUACCGGCGCAUACAGUAGUUAUCAAAUCAACCCAACACUUCAAUAAAGAAAAAGGGCUCUACAUGGAAUAUGACCGGUCCAUGAUACUGCAGAUGUGUGGAAGGGCAGGUCGUCCACCAUUUGAUGAUACAGGAAUGGUUAUAAUCAUGACAAGAAGAGCAACAGUCCAUUUGUAUGAGAAUCUACUGAAUGGGUGUGAAAUGGUGGAAUCACAGUUGCUUCCAUGUGUUACGGAGCAUCUAACAGCAGAGAUUGUUCAAAUGACCAUCUCCGAUAUAACAAGGGCGAUAGAAUGGAUGAAGUGUUCAUAUCUUUAUGUGAGAAUGAAAAAGAACCCUGAGAAUUAUGCAAUAAAGAAAGGGAUACCCAGUAACCGUAUAGAGAGACAUGUACAAGGUAAUCUGACAAUUACACUGGUUAAGUUGUUGAAAUCUAUGUAUAUAUCUUCAUUACCACCGCUUGAUCAACUAUAUGGUCGACCAGAGAUUUGUGUUCAGAAAGUUAACGAGCUGUCACGAAAUCAAAUGAUCUGGACUGACGAAGACGGUUUUCUCUUGAAGCCGCUUGAGCCUGGAAGGUUAAUGACGAAGUAUUAUCUGAAAUUUGGCACAAUGAAACACAUUAUGCAGGCCUCUGCAACCUCCAGCAUAGAUGAUGCACUUCAUAUUAUUUGCCGUGCUGAGGAAAUUGCUUGGAUACAGCUCAGGCGCAAUGAGAAGAAGCUUCUAAAUGACAUAAAUAACGAUAAAGAUGGCCGGCUUCGCUUUCACAUUCUUGGAGAUAAAGGAAAAAGGAAAAAGCGCAUCCAAACCAGAGAAGAAAAGAUAUUUGUUCUGGCAAAUGAUUGUUUAACUGGGGAUCCUUCAGUGCGUGAUUUAUCCAUGAGUCAGGACAUGAACUCCAUAUGCGCAAACGGGUGUAGAAUUGCAAAGUGCAUGAAGGAGUAUUUUAUUUUUAAAAAGAAUUACAAAGGAGCCUUAAAUUCUACCCUUCUAGCCAAGUCUUUACAUCAAAAACUCUGGGAUGACAGUCCAUACUUGCUAAAACAACUACCUGGCAUUGGUAUGGUUACUGCUAAGGCACUACAUUCGAUGGGAGUAAAGUCAUUUGAGACUCUUUCUGAAGCCGACCCAAGGAAGAUAGAGAUAGUUACAGGUCGAAAAUACCCAUUUGGGAACCAUAUUAAGGAUUCAUUGCUGGCACUACCCCCAAAAGUUGAGAUGAAGGUUGAAGAAACUAAAUGUCAAAGGAAAGGAAAAUCCAAGCUGGUGUUAACUUUGACUAGGCUAUCACAACCUACUCAGUCAACCAAACGACAUUAUGCUGACAUGGUGGUUGGUGCAGAAGAAGACAACGUAAUCCUCUUUCAUGAGAAAAUAAGAGUGGAGGAGUUUUCAAGCCCAUAUAGUGCUACAAUUCUACUAUCAAGCCCUCAGGAAGGAAAGCUAACUGUAAAAGCAGAUCUGAUUUUUGAAGAAUUCAUUGGUAUUGAUCUUCACCAAAAAGUUAAACUGAUUAAAGAGUUUGAAUCUAAUGUGAUUCAUAAACAUGGAAAGAAGCAGCCUUCAUCUUUCCUUCAGCCGAAGGACCUGUGUACUAAAGAGCCUCAUUUGAAUGAAUCCAAAGGGGAAACGGCUUCCCUGCCCAGCUUCAAUCUUCUAGAUGAUGAUCUGGAAGAAGGUAUGCCUGCUGUUGAUACUGAAGAUGAUGAAUGCAAAAUUAUAACCGAUAGAACAGUAUUUGACCACAUACGUGAAAAGGCUAAGAACUUACCUGUCUUGGCUCAAUCAAAAAAUGCAUGCUCUCCAUCAUUGGAGACAUUGACUCUCAUCAGGAAGCGCACCCGUGAGCGGCAACUUCAACUUGAUGACAUAGAGGUUUUGGAUGAAACUGGGAGCAAUAAAAUUCCGCAUCAGACUAUGUUAAUUCCAUCUGCAGAACAAAGAGAGGUGGAACAAAAUGGGCACAACAUCAACAUUGAUCAGACUUCAAAAUAUCAUAUCAGCUCUAAUACCAUUGAUCUUGAGAAUGACACAGGCAUGCUUCUGCCCGAACCCAAGGAGCACACAUCCAAACCUCUAACUGACGGAACAAUCUUGAAACACAUACGAAGAAAAGCUAAGAACUUCCCCAUCUUCGACAACUCGAAAUCCAUUGAAUCCAAAUCUUUUACCAUUGCAAGUGAACGGUUCUGGGUGAAUCAGCAGCCCAAGUUUAGUUGUGCUUAUUUUGACGAGAUUGACAUGGCAAACUCAAAUCAAGUUGUGCGAGAUACUGUGACCAUUUUGGAUCCAGAACCUAUGGAUACAAAAGAAGAUAUAACUGAAAUGAAAGGAGACACAAAAGCAAAACUCAAUAUGCGUUGUGGAAGCUCUUUUGGCCAAUAUAGAAAAAUGGAUCUACCUCCAAAAACCAAUAGCAGCGAUGCUAUGCCAACGUCGAUAAGAGAUCAUCGUCCAUGCCUCAAUGUUCCCUUGGCAAAGAAAGAAUUCCGAUUCCCAGGGAGCUCCACAGACACUAGUGGGGAGCAGCUGUAUUCUCCAAGUCUAUCCAAAAGGCAGUGCGGUUCGGUUGCAACAGCACAUGAAAACGGGGAAGUAGGUUCCUUCCUUGGUUUCAAGAGUGUUUUUUCAUUCCUCUGA